GAAGCAUUUGAGUAUUUAAUUGAGACUUUUAAAUUAUAAAAAGUGCGGUCAGUAAAAAAUUUAAACAGGCAAUGGUUGAAUGACCGAGUGGUUUGACAUACUUUGAUACGCUUGUUAAUGAGCAAUUUAAACUAAACGCGAGUUUGGUUUACUUUCACUUUGAUAAAUGCAAUUUUAGUUAUUUCCGAAAAAAAUGCGUGCACGUAGAUUAGAUAUAAAUUCUAUGUUCAAGUACCUGCAUAUAAACGGUUAAGUUAAAGGUUUAGUUAUUACUAAUUGAGGUGAGUUUCCUGUGUUCUUUUUCUUCGCCACCCCAUUCAACAAUUAAUAUAACAAGUUUUCGCGGAUAAAAUUAAGGGCUCCAACCAUUACUGGAUGAUCGAGUGGCGAAAAUGGGUGAGCAUGUAUUUUUCCUUGGUAUCUGGGAUUAUGUGGUGAUAUCUGGAGUCUUACUCAUAUCAGCGGGAGUCGGAAUAUACUAUCACUUUACAGGAGGCAAGCAGAACACUGUUAAGGAGUAUUUGUUUGCCAAUAGGGACAUGCAUGUAGUACCAGUUGCAUUUUCGUUAAUGGCAUCUUCAUUAUCUGCAGUUACCAUAUUAGGUGGUGUUAGUGAGAGUUAUACGUACGGUAUUCAACAGACUGUAUUAAAUUUGGCAGUCAUUCUUUUUGGGCCUCUUUUUUCGUAUACAUAUAUGCCUGUAUUUUUUCGUUUACAACUAACGAGUGUGUACGAGUACUUGGGAAAGAGAUUUGGGAUGGUAGCAAGACUUACUGGCUCCCUUACGUAUACCAUUCUAACGACUAUCCAGUCAGGAAUGGUCUUGUAUGCACCGGCUCUUGCCUUAGAUGCCGUUACUGGAAUAUCGAAAAAUGUUGCGAUCUUAAGUCUAGGUUCAGUAUGUACUUUUUAUUCAACUAUUGGUGGCAUGAAGGCUGUAAUUGUAACAGACGUACUUCAGACGCUACUCAUGGUUGCAGCAGUAACUUGCGUACCGAUACAUGCAAUACUGACAACAGGAAGCUUUUCAGAAAUUUGGAGAAUCGCAGAGGAAGGGAACAGAACGAGUUUGUUAAAUUUUGACAUCGAUCCUACAAUUCGAUAUUCUUGGUUUUCGUUAAUAAUAGGUGGUGGAGUACUAUAUCUGUCAUUGAGUUGUACCAAUCAAUCGCAGAUACAGAGAUACUUAUGCGUUAAGGAUUUAAAGAGUGCACGUCAGGCAGUUUAUUUAAGGAUACCUAUAUCAGUAGGCCUUAAUGUUAGCGCAAUAUUUACUGGAUUGGUGAUUUACGCCAGGUAUUACCAAUGCGAUCCUAUUGCUAAUCAAAGUAUUAGAUUCUCCGACCAGUUACUUCCCUACUACGUCGUUCAGACGAUGGGACACAUUCCUGGAUUGAGCGGUCUUUUUAUCGCUGGUAUAUUCAGUGCUGCACUUUCCACUUUGUCGUCUUCGUUGAAUUGCUUAGCAGCGGUAACAUUGGAAGAUUACUUUAAGCCCAUUUAUUUCAAAGCUACGGGCCGAAACCCUCCAAACGAUAAGUUAUCUUUAUACAGUAAAAUCAUAUCCUUGGUUUUUGGAUUUAUUUGCAUAGGAUCAGCAUGCUUGGCGCAUAUGUUAGGCGGCCUUAUGCAAUCUACCGGAUCUUUUAUUGGUAUUCUUGGGGGACCGCUUCUUGCAUUAUUUAGUUUAGGUAUGUUUACGAGAAGUGCCAAUCAGAAGGGAGCGAUGACGGGAUUUGUUGCUGGAAUUGCGCUUUGUUGUUGGGCUGCAUUUGGUGGCCCAAGACCACCCUUGCCGAAACUGCCUGUACAAGUAAGUGGUUGCAACGAAACCAUUUCCGUGCGCCCCACAUCGCACCCAAAAUUAGACGACCGGGAGUAUUUUUGGCUAUACCGUUUGUCAUAUAUGUAUAAUGGUGUAAUUGGUUUUUUAUGCACGUUUGUAGUGGGAAUUGUAUUAAGUAUAAUAUGUAACAAAGUUGCCGGACAGACGCCUAAAGUGGAUUCUAAUUUACUUGCAACAUUGACGUUCAACACGAAGAGAAAAGUUAAUAACCAUAAAACUGAGGUGGGAGAAGCUCUUUUACACCAAGGUAUACAAAAUGGGCGUAAAGUGAAAGGAUCGUUCUAACAAGCGAAUGAAGCGACCGAGAGUUUCUCUCAAAAAACAACAAUAUGGUGGUUGGUAAAUUUUCAUCAUCGUCUAGCUCGCACUCUUCCAUAUUGUCACAUCGGUCCGGAUUACUUUCCCACAUUUCAGUACACCGGAGCCCAUUUGACUGACAUGUACAUGAAGGAGAGCAACGCUUUUUCGAGCAUUAGCAGCGACAAAGUUCCACGAUAAGCUCUGGUGCACAGGGGUUGGUACAAGCAACAGGUUCAUAUGCAUUCCCUACUCUGUACCAUCUAUAAUCUAACAAUGGUGGAUUUUUGGGAUGCUGAAUUAGGUCCUGAUUCCACUGAUAACACUCAAGGUGAGCCCUUAGAAAUGUCGAAUCCAAUGCAGAUCCUGUUGGAGGAACAUUCUCAUCCUGAUAUUGUUUUUGUGUAAACAACAUCUAUCGUAGAGCUCCUACGUCGGUGAGUGUUGUUGGGGAUAUAAACCAGGCAAAUGAAAGCUUUCAAGUUAGUCCUAACAUCUUCAUUGAGUGACACUGUGGCCCCCAAUUGAGACUACUACCACUACUUUAUUUUACCUUUGCCAGCAAAUGAUUC